GAUACACCUGGGCAGGUACAGCGACUCUUUACAGCGGAAUAUAUUUUACAUUAAAGAUUCUUCAUCAGAAUGAGCAGAGACCCCGCGGACAGACAGACAGCUGUGAUGGGUGAAAACAUGAAGACGGAGCUGGUGAGCGCCAUCUACCUGCAGGAGGUAGAACUGCAGGAGAAACCAGCCGACAGCCAGCCCAACAACAACAACAAGAGCAACGACGAGACGUUCACGGUAGAAGACGCUGUGGAGAAAAUCGGCUUCGGCCGCUUUCACAUCCUCCUCUUCUUCAUCAUGGGGAGCGCCACCAUCUUAGAGGCGAUGGAGAUCAUGCUGUUAGCUGUCGUCUCUCCAGAGAUCAGGUGUGAGUGGCGUCUCAGCGACUGGCAGGUCGCCCUCGUUUCCACCAUGGUGUUCUUAGGGUUCAUGUUGUGUGGAGUUCUGUCUGGAUACAUCGCUGACAGAUACGGCCGCUGGAAGGUGGUGUUUGGAGGCUUUGUGUGGAGCGCCUACUUCUCUCUGCUGACGUCGUUCGCUCCUUCGUACGGCUGGUUCAUCUUCCUACGCAGCAUGGUGGGCUGUGGAGUCGCAGGAGUCUCCCAGGGGUUCGUGUUGAAGACUGAGUUCAUCCCGGCCAAGUACCGAGCCAUCCUGCUGCCUCUGGCCUCGGUGUUCUGGAUGCUGGGCUCCAUGCUGAUCAUCGUGUUGGGGAUGGUCGUGGUCCCGUCGAUGGGCUGGAGGUGGAUGAUCCGGAUCUCCGUCACCCCGAGCAUCAUCCUCCUCUUCCUCUUCAAGUUCAUCCCUGAGUCAGCGAGGUAUAACGUGUCAGCAGGAAACAUUCAGGCAGCGGUGGAAACUCUGCAGAGAAUCGCCAGAAUGAACCGAGCGUCUCUUCCUCCGGGACGCCUGGUGGAGUCGGUCGUGAGCGAGAGAGGCAGCUGGAGGAUGCUGCUCAACUCUUCCUACAGACGGACGUCUCUGCUGCUCUGGUACACAUGGUUCGUGGCGUCCUUUGCGUACUACGGCUCGGUGCUGAGCAGCUCGGAGCUGCUGGAGAAGAACUUGCUGUGCGUGACCAACGCUGACGGCGAGCAUCAGGUCAAACACCGCCAGCAGGACGGGCUGUGUUACUGCAUCCCGUUCCACUUCAACGACUACCAGACGCUGCUCGUCAGCUGCCUCGGAGAGGUCGCUCUGGUCCCAGUAAACAUCUGUCUGCUCAACAUUUUGGGACGGAAGUUGAGUCUGACCGUGCUGCAGCUGGUGUCGGCCACUUUGUUCAUGAUGCUCAACAUCUGCACCACAAUGUUUGGCUUCACCGUGCUGCUGUUCCUGCUCCGGUCUCUGGUCUCCAUGAACUUCACCGUGGUUUAUAUUUACACCGCCGAGGUGUACCCGACGGCCGUGCGCUCGUUGGGGAUGGGUUUCUGUACGUCUUUUCCAUUCGGAUUUAUCGUUAUAUCCUCCUUCCUCUCAUCCUCCGUUAAGGUUUUCCCUCCAGACUCCAGGCUACAGGGUAAAACCUCCUCCUCCUCCCUCAUGUGGUACCCUUCCUGCAGACUACAGGGUAGACCCCCAUUUCCUCCCCUCAUGUGGCUACAGGGUAGACCUCCUCCUCCCCUCAUGUGGUACCCUUCCUGCAGACUACAGGGUGGCACCUCCUCCCUCAUGUGGCUACAGGGUAGACCUCCUCCUCCCCUCAUGUGGCCCUACCCUCCUGCAGACUACAGGGUAGACCUCCUCCUCCCUCAUGUGGUACCCUUCCUGCAGGCUACAGGGCUACAGGGUGAACCUCCUCCUCCCUCAUGUGGUACCCUUCCUGCAGACUACAGGGUAGACCUCCUCCUCCCCUCAUGUGGCUACAGGGUAGACCUCCUCCUCCCUCAUGUGGUACCCUUCCUGCAGACUACAGGGGUGGACCUCCUCCUCCCUCAUGUGGUAACCGUCCUGCAGACUACAGGGAAGACCUCCUCCUCCCUCAUGUGGUACCCUUCCUGCAGACUACAGGGUAGACCUCCUCCUCCCCUCAUGUGGUACCCUUCCUGCAGGCUACAGGACUACAGGGAAGACCUCCUCCCUCAUGUGGUACCCUUCCUGCAGGCUACAGGGAAGACCUCCUCCCUCAUGUGGUACCCUUUCUGCAGACUACAGGGUAGACCUCCUCCUCCCUCAUGUGGCUACAGGGUAGAGCCUCCUCCUCCCUCAUGUGGUACCCUUCCUGCAGACUACAGGGUAGACCUCCUCCUCCCUCAUGUGGUACCCUUCCUGCAGACUACAGGGAAGACCUCCUCCCUCAUGUGGUACCCUUCCUGCAGGCUACAGGGAAGACCUCCUCCCUCAUGUGGUACCCUUCCUGCAGACUACAGGGUAGACCCCUCCUCCUCCCUCAUGUGGUACCCUUCCUGCAGACUACAGGGCUACGGGGAAGACCUCCUCCUCCCUCAUGUGGUCCCCUUCCUGCAGGCUACAGGGAAGACCUCUCUCCCUCAUGUGGUACCCUUCCUGCAGGCUCAUCCUGACAUGACCCUCCAGCAUUUGGUGGUGAUGGUGCAGUGGAUAUGA